CUCCGGAGUAUGGGCAUACAUGGAGGACUCCAACAUACUCAGGAAGAUGAUCAUUAUAAUACAAAUCUUUAUAUUCCCAGGAUAAAUAGUGAGGAGAACAGUGCCAAGGUUUCACGUCAAUGGAAUGAAACAAUUAUCGUAGACGUCCUGGUUGUUGGGUUUGAUUGGUUUACUGACUACAGAAUUCCACUUUUCCUUCUCUUAUUGAUUAUCUACACUGUUACCUGCAUUGUGAACUUCCUGAUCAUCUAUCUGGUAUGUAAGAACCCUCGUCUCCACUCCCCCAUGUACUUUCUGAUCAGCAAUUUAUUCAUUUGCGACCUCGUUGGUACCACAAGCAUUGGACCGUCGGCGAUGCAAAUCAUCCUAUGGGGAAGAAUCGUGGUUCCUUAUGUUGAUUGUGUCUUCCAGAUGAAUGUAGUAAAUGUUGUUCAGUUCACUCAAACUUUUCUGCUGACUCUGAUGUCCUAUGACCGAUAUUUGGCGAUAUGUCAUCCAUUGAGAUAUUCCGCUCUCAUUCACAAUAGACUGUGCCUAUAUCUCGUCAUCGUCUUGUGGUUAUUUUCACUUUCUCUUGUUGCAGUUUAUUUUUACUACCUUAUGUCUCUAAAAUUUUGUGCCCCUAUUAUCAUGAAUUAUUUUUUUUGUGAAUACAGUGCACUCCCUUUUCCGGUGUGUGAUAGGGCAGACAUAGGACCCCUUGUCAUAUACGGCUUUGUGAUAGCUUAUGUGCUUAAUCUACCUUUUGGGCUUGUUGUCUUGUCCUACAUACUGAUCAUAAUCUCCAUCCUCAGGAUAAAGUCAUCAGCCGGGAGACGGAAGGCCUUCUCCACCUGCAGCUCCCAUCUCCUGGUGGUCUCUUUAUUUUUUGGAAUACCAUUUGCUUUAAUUACACUGGACCUGUGUGGCACAAUGAGUGAGAGCAUUUAUAGCGGAUUCACCUUUAUAUUCUAUUUGGUGCUUCCCAUGUUAAACCCCAUCAUUUACACUUCAAGGAAUCGGGACAUUCAUAAAGCUUUGACUGCUUCCCGCUGGGUGGACGUCCAUGUACGUCCCCCGGUUUUAGUGGUUAUAUCAGAUUGAUGCCUGCACCUACAGGCAUCAUUCCGGUAUGUAUUUAUUAGGUAGGAUUCUCUUUUUUGCAGAAGUGAUCUAAUUAGCCACUCGAUCCAUUCUGCGGGUGGCGGAAGUGGGUCCCAGCCCCCUCCCGCCAACGCCUCUUCUCCCGGGAUCUCCGGUCCCAUCGCAGAGCCCGGGAGCAAUGUGGCCAGGAGCGAUGGAUGCCAUGUACAGAGAGAGGAACUGACAUUGUCCCCCCUCUCUCUGUAACCCCUGAAACCGGGAGCAAUGAGUUAUGUCUAAUAGACCUGAGAUCUCUCCAUAAAGAGGACCUGUCACGGCCCACGCUGUCACAAGGUAUGUUGUUCAUCCUAUGCCUUGUGAUAGCAAUAAAGUUAAUAAAAAAAAUAUAUAUAUAAAAUAAUAAUAAUAAUAAUAUAAAAUUCAAAGCACCCUGUCCCACCGUACUUACAGUACCUGCCCGCAAAAAUGUGUUUCCAGCGCGAUCCGGUGCUCGGCGGUGCAGGCUGUACAUCUCACGCUCGCUGUAAUAGGAAAAACACAUUUUCCUAUUGCAAAGAGCGCGAGAAAGAGAGUGGAGUGUUCUCUCUCUAUGGAGCGGACUUGUCGCCUCAA